AUGGAUACGCAGAGAAGUUCAACCUCAAGUAAUAAGUCGCCAAGUUCAUCGGCAUCCACUCCACAAUUAGCAGCAGGAUUAAUACCAGGUGCUACUCAGCCGAUACCAAAGAAGUCACAGCAGAUUAAAACAGAUAAACCAAGGCCGCAUAUAUGCUCAAUAUGUACUAGGGCUUUUGCGAGAUUGGAACACUUGAAGAGACAUGAGAGGUCGCAUACGAACGAAAAGCCGUUUCAAUGUGCUGUUUGCGGACGAUGCUUUGCUAGAAGAGAUUUGGUGUUGAGACACCAACAGAAGUUGCAUGGAAGUUUGCCUAAUAUCAUGCGCCGGGGUUCGUCGAAGGACGUGGACAUUAACGAACACGUUAUUGUGUUGACCAACAAUACUGAUGCAAACGCACCACUUCCAUCAUCGAUGAACCAGGACGGAUCGUUAGCAUUACCGAACGGGAUAAAUACGGUGUCCCCAGGGCAAUCGCAACUUUUUUCACCUCCAAAAAGCAAUGAAUAUGGGGGAGCGAAUAAUGCGAAUGCUAAUAGUAAUGCGAACCAAAAUAACUACAACCAGACCCAGCAAGGACAACUUCGGACUUCUUUAUUUAACCACCUUAAUUCUUAUACCUUGAAGUCACAAAGCUUGGGCACUAACCAGUAUUCUGGUACUAGCAAUAACGGAACUGUAAUACCGUCGCCGAUUCCCACAAACUCGAGUCACAAUACACCUCCUAAUAUAGCCCAACAGAAUACGAGCUCUUCACUCCCAAACGUUACUCAACAACCAUCGCCCCAGGCUGGUGAUUCGCCUAACAAGCAAUCAAAGCAAUAUCAUCAUAUUCCCCCACAUUUACGUCAACAACAAUCUCAGUAUCGCCAUGCGUCAUUCUCGGCGUCCUCAGCAACGUCAUAUACUAAUGUAAAGGAUUCUAUUAAUAUUCUGCAAAAUAACACCAUCGCUGAAGCACCAGAGCACGUAGAGUUUGCUACUCCUCAGUUAUCGGCAAUUGAUUUGCAUUCGAAACGAUUAUUGUCCGAGUUAGAUUUGCAUUCAUUGGGUCUUGAUAUUGAAAAUAUAGACAGCCUUGAUCUAGGACAUAACUCACAUCAUCCAGCCUUCAACCAUUUAGCUCAUAAUGCAAAUCGAGCUUCAAAACACAAUCCAAAGGAUACACCACAAUACGCAGAACAGGACGUGAUAGCUGCACAUCAGUUUCAAAACCCAAAUCACCCACAUCAUAUUAAAGGCACAACUCCUAUAGAACCUGAAAUGUACGCACCAAAUGACCCUGCUAUGGUACAGCAUAUGCUACAAAUGAAUGGUCUUAAUAGCGAAGCAAGUUUUGAAAAUUUGCCUAGCAUAUCUAAAUAUGGCCGUUAUGAAUUUUCUUUGAAUAAUGCAGUAAUACAGGAAAAGCAGAAGAGAAAGGGCAACCCUAUUACGGCCAAUUCUACAGACCACAAAAGAAUGAAAAGUAAUCUUGAUAUACAGACUGACAAUGACUGGUUGGAAGAUAUGAUUAAUGCUCCUUCUGCAUCUACAUUCUUUCCGGCAUCAUAUCAUACUGGAUUUGAUGAUUCUGGCGAUUUAUUACCUGGCCUGAUUGAUGAUAUUUCUUCAUUAUUUAGAGCAAGACAGGUUGACUUAAAGCAAAUCAGUCCUCCAAAUUCUAAAAUCCAAGAAGACAAUGAAUCUGAUAUCAAUAUUGCCUUUACUAUAAAUGAUUCACAAUCCAAUUUCAUAACUGAAGAAUUGCGUAAUCGUAUCAUUUUAGUAGGCAACUUAUCAAAUUUACAAUUUCCUCCAUUAGAAGAGUUAAAUUCAUAUAUGAAAUUAUAUGAGAAAGAAUUCAAUAAGUUCUUUCCAUUCGUUCAUCUACCAUCCUUAAAAAACCCAAGGGUUGAUUUUUUUGAAAAGAUUCCAUUAUUACUUGCAAUGGGAGCCAUAGGUGCAUUGUAUUCUUAUCGAGAUACUAAUUCUUUACUUUUAUUCAAUCUAUCAAAAUCGCAAAUUCAAAAGUUUUUUGAAAAAGAGGUUACAACGAACCAUUUGGAGUUAAAAAAGAUACCACUUAUGGUACAUCAAUGCUUAGUACUACAUAUUUUUAUUGCUAUGUUUUUGAAUGAACCAGAUAUGGUUGAUAUUACGUCGAAACAAAUGAAAUCAAUGGUGGGCUUAAUUAAAUCAACAGACUUUAAUAAACCUUUAGAAAGAUUAUUAGUUCCACCAUCUCUGCUUGAUAAGACAGAUCCAGGCAGUGUUCAAAGUAAUUUUGAUUAUUUUAUAAUGGCUCAAUCAAGGAUUCGUACCCUUAAUUGUUUCUAUAUGCUUGAAGUAUUUAGAACUUCAUUAAUACGGUUACCAAUACAGUUUUCUGCGUCGAAUGUUAAUUGUGGUACUCAUUGUUUAACGGAGAAUUUAUGGAGAAGUAAUGAUGCAAGCCAAUGGGUUAAUCAAUUAGCUAACAACACUCAACCAUUGAUUGAUUUGAGUAAUGGAGAAUCAUUGCAGUCUAUUAUUGGUGACUUAAACAAUCACCACUAUGAUACGAAAAUGUCGUUCUAUGGCUUGUUAUCAUUAUUGAUGUAUAUACACGAACAAAUUCAUGAAGAAGUAUUGAAGAAUAAACUGUUCAAUUCUACUUUAUGGAGAUUAAACUCAAGACCACGGUUGGAAUCUCUUAUUAAGUCGUGGGAGUCAAUUUUUGUUAAAAACGGUGGGAUCCUAGUUGUUAACAACAAUAAUAAUCAUUUGCUAAAUGCCCAUAAUGAAUUCAAAAUUAUUUUACCACUUUAUUCACUUGCAAAAAUUAAAAUAAAUAUGAGCUUGACUCCAAUAAUGGAAAGGGUAUUGUACAAAGAUUGGAAUGGUAUGAAUGAAGCCAUUUUCUCAUUUGAUAACGAUAGAGACGCAUUGAAAGAAUGUGUCAUGCACUCUAUCGAAAUCUUAUCGUUAUGGACUCACAAUGUUGCCAUAGUUGACGAUUCAAAACGUACGUCUUUAAGAACGCCAGUAUUUUUUGUCACAUGUGUAUUUGCAUCAAUAAUGAUUAUUUCUCAUUACUUGUAUUCUAUGGAAGAAUCAAAGGCUCAAAGUUUAAGUCCAUCAGACAAGAGUGCCUGGAUAAAAUGUGAAAAUGCAUUACAGGCGGCUGAAAAGGUGUUACCUCCUGUCGGUAAUACUAAGAACUAUUCUGAGUUCUUAAAAAAGCAAUUUGGUGGAGUGUCACUGCCUGAAAUUAAUACUACAAAGAAAUUGAUAUCAUCAAAUUCUGACGAAAGCUCAAUCAUUACAUCAAUUAAGAAGACCAACUUAUCCGUUAAAAGUUUAUAUUUGGGCUUGCAUAUGUUGGCAGAUACAUCCAUUUGGCCCUUGGCAAUGGGAUUUGCUGAAGCACUUAAAAAUAGAGCGACAUAUAUCACAAAUCGUAAAUAG